AUGCUUGCUUCUUUGACAUCAACAGCGAUAUCGCUAGCUUGGGCGGCAGGGCCGCGGGACGACUUCUAUUGGUGGGUCUAUUUUCCUCCCCCUUUGUAUGGUCUACCUUGCCCACUUCUUAGUCUCGUCUGGCAGUCAGCAGAGUUCUUCAAAACUGCUAUGAACAGCACAGCUACUGGUUUCUCUGCAUCAAGCCAUCUGAUUUGCAACCUGCUUCUCGGAGCUGCUGGAUUUGCACUUGCAAUUCCAAUGCUCGUCCUCACGGAGAGAAAUCGACCGUUCAUGGUAGAAUGGUUAGAAGACACGUUUGAACUGGAGUACCCGUCAGACUGGCCCGAAGUGACAACCAUGCUUUUGUGGUUGAGCUCAGUGUUCAUGUGGGGUGGUAUGGCAUUGGUCGCCUCGGUAUGCCAUUUCGCACUCUUCAUAUUUGCUUAUUUAGAAGUACGUCGCGCGUACAAAGCUCUCGGGAUACCAGUCAUCCCCGCAACAGCUCCCGCGCCACCGCAUCUACAGCCAAGCUCCAAGCUGCUCUUGACGUCUGGUCUUGCUGCAGAAGUACAUCGGUUUCCAUCCGAGGUUCUCACACAUGAAGCUCCACAGGAGGUAGACGAUGUCAGGAUGGUGGUUGAGAUGCCUGGAACCGCUCUGGAUGACAGAUGUCUGUCUGCGGUGUCCGUGGGUGGGAUAACCAGGAGCAAUGAGCAGGAUUCGUUGCAACAAGACAUGUAA